CCCGAAACCACCCACUGGCAGUAGUUGAGAGAGCAGCUCUGCAGUCCGACCAUGCUUCUCUGCAGAAUGUCAAACAAAGAUCGACACAUUGAUUCCAGCUGUUCGUCCUUCAUCAAGACGGAACCCUCCAGCCCGGCCUCCCUGACGGACAGCGUCAACCACCACAGCCCAGGUGGCUCUUCAGACGCCAGCGGGAGCUACAGUUCAACCAUGAAUGGCCAUCAGAACGGACUUGACUCGCCACCUCUCUACCCUUCUGCUCCUAUCCUAGGAGGUAGUGGGCCUGUCCGGAAACUGUACGAUGACUGCUCCAGCACCAUUGUUGAAGACCCCCAGACCAAGUGCGAAUACAUGCUCAACUCGAUGCCCAAGAGACUGUGUUUAGUGUGCGGUGACAUCGCGUCUGGGUACCACUAUGGGGUAGCAUCCUGUGAAGCCUGCAAGGCAUUCUUCAAGAGGACAAUUCAAGGUAAUAUAGAAUAUAGCUGCCCUGCCACGAAUGAAUGUGAAAUCACAAAGCGCAGACGUAAAUCCUGCCAGGCUUGCCGCUUCAUGAAGUGUUUAAAAGUGGGCAUGCUCAAAGAAGGAGUGCGUCUUGACAGAGUACGUGGAGGUCGGCAGAAGUACAAGCGCAGAAUAGAUGCGGAGAACAGCCCAUACCUGAACCCUCAGUUGGUUCAGCCAGCCAAAAAGCCAUAUAACAAGAUUGUCUCACAUUUAUUGGUGGCUGAACCGGAGAAGAUCUAUGCCAUGCCUGACCCUACUGUUCCCGACAGUGACAUCAAAGCCCUCACUACACUGUGCGACUUGGCCGAUCGAGAAUUGGUGGUUAUCAUUGGAUGGGCGAAGCAUAUUCCAGGCUUCUCCACGCUGUCCCUGGCGGACCAGAUGAGCCUUCUGCAGAGUGCUUGGAUGGAAAUUUUGAUCCUCGGUGUCGUGUACCGAUCUCUUUCCUUUGAGGAUGAACUUGUCUAUGCAGACGAUUAUAUAAUGGAUGAAGACCAGUCUAAAUUAGCAGGCCUUCUUGACCUAAAUAAUGCUAUCCUGCAGCUGGUAAAGAAAUACAAGAGCAUGAAGCUGGAGAAAGAAGAAUUUGUCACCCUCAAAGCAAUCGCUCUUGCUAAUUCAGACUCCAUGCACAUAGAAGACGUCGAAGCCGUUCAGAAGCUUCAGGAUGUCUUACACGAGGCCUUGCAGGAUUAUGAGGCCGGCCAGCACAUGGAAGACCCUCGCAGGGCCGGCAAGAUGCUGAUGACGCUGCCGCUCCUGAGGCAGACCUCUACCAAGGCCGUGCAGCAUUUCUACAACAUCAAACUGGAAGGCAAAGUCCCCAUGCACAAACUUUUUUUGGAAAUGCUGGAGGCCAAGGUCUGACUAAAAGCUUCCCCGGGCAUCCUAUCCUGCACGCCGAAAAAGGGAAAAAUAAACCCAAGAGUGAUGUCAAAAAAACUUAGAGUUUAGUUAACAACAACAAAAAUCAAGUAAGACUGCACUGAUCAUUUAGCAGCAAGACUAUGAAGCAGCUUUCAGAUUCCUCUGUAUCCUCCUGAUGAGUUUUUUCCUACCUUAAUCUCAUCUUUUCUCCGUUUCUUUUGCUCUUUAUUUUUUUUUUCUCCCACCCUAUUCUCUUUCUCUUUCGUUUCUUGCUUCCUUCAUCCCUGGUUC